AUGCACGGGGAGCUGGACCGGUGUCAGCGGGUGGUGCGGCAGGCGCUGUGGUGGCAGGGCGCCCCUGUCGAGUCAUACACGCAGGAUCUGAACUUCUCGGAGUCGUCCAAAGCUUGCCCCCUGAAGGAAACCAAGAGCCAGGAUGACGAUGGCCAGGUCCUCGUUGUGUUUGGGAAACUUGGGGCAUGCUUCUGGACGAUUUACGGACUGGUGGCGGCUGCGACGGACCAGGACUCGUGCAAUAUGCUGUUCAGCUUGGCCUUGGAUGACGCCAGGGCUUCUGAGAGCGAGGAUGGAUGGCGCACGCUGACGACAGCGGAUGGCGGUGAGCUUAGUGUGCACGUGGUUGAGGAUCCCAAGUCCUGGAGAGGGGACCUCAAUACCGUCAGCCUGAAGCGCGUGACGCCGGAGGUGGUCCGGUUUCUCUACCGGCUGCUCGUCCAGGGCGGGUUGGUGUUGUUUCCGGCGCUCAUCACGGCAAGGGCUGACGCGGUCGACAAGCUCCGCCAGCAGAGGCCCGAGGAUAAGCACAAUCCUUAUCCACCGCUCGAUGUCAUUUCUUCGGAAGACGAGCUUUACCAGAUUCUAGAGCAUGGGCCAUAUAAGUGGAGUCGUAUCCAGGGCCAUGUCCUCAUUCUCGGAGCGGAUUGUGUGAUCCGGUUGGGUUACAUCCGCCCUCAUCGGUCCCACGGCGCCCCGGACCGCAUAUUUCCUAUAUCUUUUGGCACCGCGGCGAACGCUACCAGCAAAGACUCACCGGAGAGGAACGAACGAUCAAGCCGAACUUUUCUGAAGACGCUCACUUACCAAGUACCUCCCCACACACUGCGUUCACCUACAAUGACAUCCUCUGAACAUAACGUCCAUCCGGAACCUCCCGAUCUGACCGAGAAGCUCGGCGCCGCAGUCACCGUCACUACCACGGAGACGGAAAGAGCCCCAUGGAACCGCACCCCAUUCUACAAUGCCACCGUCCUGGGCAUCUGCAGCUUCGCCGCCCCAGGCCUCUGGGGCGCCAUGAACUCCCUCGGCGCGGGGGGCGCGCAAAAACCCUACCUGGUCAACACGGCCAACGCUCUCACCUUCUGCCUCAUGAUCAUCUCGUGCUGGCUGACCAGCGGCCUAGUAAGGUACGUCGGCAUCAAGGGCGCGCUGGUAGCCGGCACAGUGGGGUUCGCGCCCUAUAGCGCGGGGUUGUACCUUAACAACCGAUACGGAGUGGAGUGGCUGGUGAUCCUGGGGGCGGCAUUCUGUGGCAUUUCGGCGGGCAUCUUUUGGGCUGCAGAGGCCGCUAUCGCCAUCGGGUACCCCGAGCCAAAGAACCGGGGCCGCUUGGUAGCUUACUGGUUAACCUGGACCCGGGCCGGUCAGAUUCUCGGCGGCGCUAUUAAUCUCGGCCUGAACGCCGAUAGAAACCAGGCGGGCAAGGUGUCGUACACAGUGUACCUAGUGUUCAUUGCGCUCCAAUGCCUCGGCCCCCUAGCGGCACUGCUGCUCAACCGACCCUCGCAAGUGCGUCGAUCCGACGGCAAGCCCGUGGACCUGGCCAUCUUCGACCAACCAUGGAAGGAGUUCAAAGCCACGACGCGCUCCUUCCUGCGAGCCGAUUACCUCCUCCUCAUCCUCUGGAUCGGCCAAGGCGUGUACUCCGAGGCUGUCUUCUUCACCUACAUCGCGCUCUGGUUCAGCGUGCGCGCACGCGCCCUGGGGUCCUUCAUAUCGGGAAUUGUCGCCGUGCUCGCGAGCUUGAUCUUAGGCUUCUGGCUCGAUCGCUCCACCGUCACACUUCGCGCGCGAGCCCGCUGGGCCUUCGCCGUGAUCAUGACUAUCCAGGGCGCGUGGUGGAUCUGGAUCGUCGUCAACCUCGCUGAGUUCCGCCGCGUUGGGCCGGUGUACGAUUGGAGCGACCCAGGGUUCGGUCGCGCGUUUGGUGUGUUCGUGUUUUUGGUCGCUGGCUUUCAGCUCAACUACAAUUUCGGCAUCUUCCUCAUUGGCCAGAUCUCUAGGUCGUCGCAGGAGACUGUUCGGCUAGCGGCGCUUCUGCGGGCCACGGAAUCGGCAUGGCAGGCUCUUAGCUACGGCUUGAAUGCGCUGCCGGUCUUUGCAACACUGGGGAGCGCGGCUUUCAAUUUUGGACUUUGGGGGCUGUCUAUCGUGCCUGCGUGGCUUGUAGUUAGGAGGGUGGGCACAUCGCGGUACACGCCGGAGGAGAGUGAUCCGGAACGGCCUGCGAAAUCCGCGUAG